UCACCUUAUUGCUCCACGGAUUAACUUUAAGCCUUAUAGCCCCAAUUGGAAGAAAAUAUGUGUAUUAACUUGUGUGUGACGUGGUUGAUAGUGCUUAUCUCCGAACUAACGAUUUGAGUUUUCAUUCGACAUUUUGAAGCCUCUCGUGAAAUGUAGAGCGCAAGCAUCGCAUGUAAAUGCGUGUAGGUAUUUUAGGCAACGAGAAGUGAAAAAAAAAUUUACGGAAAAAAAAUCUGGUAGUCGUGGCAUACGAUUAAACAUAACGUAUUGAUAGUAGUUUCGAGCUAAGUGAUCAUCAGUACCUGAACGAUGAGUCCAGUUGCAGUGAUAUUGAACUCUUGACAAAACGAGACUUGCAAAAGCUCGCCAAGCUGUAAAAAUGGCCAAGAGAUCCAUCACUUACCACCUGUCCUCUUGCUUUAUCCUUUUGCUCGUUUGUGGAUACAGCAUAGGUAAAGCUUUGGAGAUAUUUUAUGAUGGGAGAAUUGAAUACAUGAGCAGAGAGGAGAGGGAAACGUUAAAACAAGGAGCAAGGGAAAUGUUUUUUCACGCCUACAACGCUUACAUGAAUAAUGCAUAUCCCGCCGACGAACUUAUGCCAUUGAGUUGUAAGGGUAGAUACAGAGGAUCGGAGCCAGAUCGAGGAGAUAUGGAUUCCACUCUUGGAAAUUUUUCUCUAACGUUGGUGGAUACUCUUGAUACUCUUGUGGUGAUGGGUAAUUUAGGAGAAUUUGAAAAAGCUGUGAAACUUGUUAUAAGAGAUAUUACAUUUGAUACAGAUGUUAUUGUUUCUUUAUUUGAAACAAAUAUUAGAAUGCUUGGAGGUUUGCUGAGUGCGCAUAUUCUAGCUGAUUUUAUACAACAAAAAGAAAUCGCGAUGCCGUGGUACAGAGGUGAAUUAUUGACUUUAGCCAAAGAUUUAGGAUACAGAUUCCUACCUGCAUUUAAUACAACAACCGGGAUACCUUUUGGAAGGAUAAACUUGAAAUAUGGCAUGAAAGGAGUACCAUUAGAAAUGACCAGGGAAACUUGUACAGCCUGUGCUGGUAGUAUGAUCUUAGAAAUGGCUGCCUUGUCAAGGUUAACAGGAGAAGCAAUGUUUGAGGAGAAAGCUCAAAAAGCCAUGGAUGUUUUAUGGAAAUUGAGACACAGAGGAACCGAUUUAAUGGGUUCAGUAUUAAAUGUGAAUACCGGAGAUUGGGUUCGAAGAGAUUCAGGGGUUGGAGCUGGCAUUGAUUCCUAUUACGAGUAUUGUUUGAAGGCUUACAUUCUUCUUGGUGAUGAAAAAUACUUGGGAAGAUUUAAUAAGCAUUACGAAGCUAUAAUGAAAUACAUUAGUCAAGGACCAAUGUUGUUGGACGUCCACAUGCAUAGGCCAAAUACAAAUUCGAAAAAUUUUAUGGAUGCUCUAUUAGCUUUUUGGCCGGGACUGCAAGUGUUGAAAGGUGAUAUUAAACCAGCUGUUGAAACACACGAGAUGCUAUAUCAAGUCAUGCAAAGGCAUAAUUUUAUUCCGGAAGCAUUUACUACCGACUUUCAGGUACACUGGGGCCAUCAUCCUUUAAGACCCGAGUUCUUGGAGUCAACGUAUUUUUUGUAUAAAGCCACUGGAGAUCAUUACUAUUUGGGAGUUGGUCGGAAAGUAUUAAAGAGCCUUCAAACAUAUGCCAGGGUACCAUGUGGUUUUGCUGCAGUGUCUGAUGUCAGAACUAACAAGCAUGACGAUACCAUGGACAGUUUUGUACUCUCCGAAACUUUCAAAUAUUUAUUUUUAUUAUUCGCCGAUCCGAGCGAUUUAAUACUGAAUUUGGAUGAAUAUGUCUUCACCACCGAGGGCCAUUUGCUACCACUGUCCCUAGCAUCAGUCAGGACCAAUGUCACGAUGGAAAUCGAAAGAGAAAAAGUAUACGUAAAGGAAAUUGACAGGACGUGUCCAAACAGUUUGCAUCUAUUCCCUGCCUCAGUGAGACAACCACUGCGCAAUAUGGUCGAGGACGUGUGUCCUAAGCGUGACUCAAAGAAAAGACUGAGCGCAAUCCACUUCCAGCCCAAUAACAGCGAGCACGUGAAAUUAUUAAACGACAUGGGCAUAGUGAUUUUGAUAGCUGGUGAUGGAAGUAUAAAAUUUCUUCAGACUCUUUCAAGUGCGAAAUCACCUCAGGAUGCGGAGGAAGGACAAAUGUUUAUGCAAGAGAUUCUUGAACUCAACAAGCAUGUGCCAUUGGAAACUCAUCCGAUCCUAGUUAACUUUGUCAAUCCAAACAUUCAGCCACCACAGAAAAUUUCUCUUCUUGGUGGUCCAGCGCAAUUUGGUGCUGACAUGAAAAAUCACAGAGUAACAGGCAAAGUUGUCAUUGCUAAUCCAUCUUUGGCUUGCGAUAAACUUGAUAAUGAUGAUCAAUUGAACGGUAUGAUUGCUGUCAUUGAUAGAGGCGAUUGCCAAUUUAUUGACAAGGCUCGAAACAUACAAAAAGCUGGUGCUAUAGCUGGAAUUGUACUAGAUAACAUACCAACAACGAGCUAUGAAAAAUCAAUUUUAUUCGCAAUGUCGUCAGAUGGUAAAUCAAUCAAUGACGUUACGAUUCCUUUUGUAUUUUUAUUUGGUGUUGAAGCUAGUCAAUUAGUGCAAGCCAUAAUAUCAACUCAAGGCGCCUUAACAGUCACUAUAAGUGGCGUGGUUCUCAAAGAUCAUAGGAAAGAAACGCAGCUAAAAGCUCCUACCGAUUUGUCAAUAAUUGACUUGUUAAAAAGCACAUUUAAACAAAUUUUGACGCGACAGACUUCACAGAAUUUAUCAUCAAGCCCAAGUGCGGCCAAUGUACCUGCUGUAAGUUCAACGCUUGAUGAAGAUACAAUUAAAACACUUACGAUAAGCUACGCUUAUUUGCAAGCUCAAAUUAAGAUGAACGAAGUAAAGAUCAAUCUCAGUGCCAAAAAACUCGAUACGUUUUUUGAAACCCCAAAAAAUAGGUUUGCCAACGAAUCGAGCUGGAUGUUGAUAAAAAAAAUGCUGGUUAACGAACUCUUUGGAACAGUCAAGCUUAAUCUGGGUUUUUCGAUACAAAGUUCAGGCAUUUACAGGUUUUAUUCCAUAGUGAUAAGUAAGCGGGGCGUUGACGAGGAGACGAUCAGAAAUACGCCAAUGUCCAAAAAAAUUCAUUGGUUUUUAAAAGAACUAAGUGAAGUCAGCCCUGAUGCUAGUAUAGUUACCCUUUACCAAGACUUGUUUCCAAAUAUACAACAGCAGUAUUUUUUGGGGUAUUUAUUUAGAAUAUCGGCAUUGAAUGUAAAAAGAUACAUCGUUAAUGAGAUAGUUAAGGAAAUCAAGGACUUCAACAAAUCAUCUGUGGAAUCUCUGAUAAACUCUAUCAUUAAUCAAACUCAUAAAAUACAGUCAGCCGAGUUUGAAAAGUUUAUGAAAAAAUAUGUACCCAUUAUCAUUAAUUAUAUUGCGUUACACAGCCUAGAAUUGUUGGAUAAACCACAAAAAGGAAAUUUUGACGAAGAUAUAUUUUCCGUUCACGAAUUCGUAAAUAUAAAUCAAGACUUAAUUAUCAACGUUGAUCCUGCUAAAAUCUUCAAUGAUAACGAGUCUGCAUUGAAAAAGAAAACAGCGGAACUUGAUAAUAAAAAAGAAGGCGUGAUACGACUUGAAUUAGCGUCGCAGUUUAACGAAAUUUUUGAAGAUUUAAAGGGUUCAGUUGAAGCUCACGAGAAAAAAGAGGAUGAAAGCCACAAAUCAGACAAAAAAUCAGUGCCUAUUAAAGACGUCAAAGACUCGAAACAUUUAAAUCCUGUUUUAAAUACUGUACCUCUAAAACAGGAGCUAAAUGUUGUUAAAGAUUCUGCUAGUGAUGGUAACGAUAAACACGAUAAAAAUCAUAUUCACGAUGAUUUAUAGCGAUAACGUUACUU